AUGAGUCGUGUCCUUGAUCUCAGCAACACUCUGAUGGGCCUACACCAGCUGCAGUCUCACCUUGUGCUACUGCUUGCGGUAAGUAUGACUGUAGCAGUGCUGUAUGAGGCUGUGGCAACUGCUGUGGCAUCUCCUGUUGUUGCAUCUGCUGCUGUCGUGUCUGAUUCUGUGGCAUCGGCUGACCUUGCAUCUUCUGUUGCAUCUGUGGCCUUUCCAUUUGCCGGUGCUGCCUCUGUUGCUGUUGCGUCUUCUGUGGUUGCAUCUGCUGCUGUUGCAUUUGUUUCUGUUUCAUCCGCUUCUCUUCCAUCUGCUGCUCCUUCAUCUGCUCCUGCCUCUGCCCCUCUUUCAUCUGCUGCUCGUUCAUCUGCUCCUGUCUCUGCCGCGCUCUCGUCUGCUGCUCGUUCAUCUGCUCCUGUCUCUGCCGCUCUCUCAUCUGCUGCUCGUUCAUCUGCUCCUGUCUCUGCCGCUCUCUCAUCUGCUGCUCGUUCAUCUGCUCCUGUCUGUGCCGCUCUCUCAUCUGCUGCUCUUUCAUCUGCUGUUGUCUCCUCUGCUUAG